UAACCUGCAUUCAACCAGGUGCGCCACCACCUUAUCUCUGGCCUAGAGUUGCAGGCUGCCACUCUGCUGCUGGAGCCCCCUCCCCUCUCAGGCUGUGCCCACUCUCCCCCACAGAGGACAUCUUCCCCUGCAAGGACUGUGGCAUCUGGUACAGAAGUGAGCGGAACCUGCAGGCCCACCUCCUCUACUACUGUGCCAGUCGCCAGAACUCUGGAGCGCCUGUCCCCAAUGCUGAUGAGAAGCCCAAGGAGACCUACCCCAAUGAACGUAUCUGCCCCUUUCCCCAAUGCCGCAAGAGCUGCCCCAGUGCCAGCUCCCUGGAAAUCCAUAUGCGCAGCCACAGUGGAGAACGCCCCUUCGUGUGUCUCAUCUGCCUAUCAGCCUUCACCACCAAGGCCAACUGUGAGCGGCACCUUAAGGUGCAUACAGACACACUGAGCGGUGUCUGCCACAGCUGCGGCUUCAUCUCCACCACAAGAGACAUCCUCUACAGCCACCUGGUGACCAACCAUAUGGUAUGCCAACCAGGCUCCAAGGCUGAAAUCUACUCAGCAGGUGCCGGGCACCCAGUGGCCAAACUCCCUCCAGCAGACAGCCUGGCCAGUUUCCAGCAGCAUACAACCCUGCAAGGAGUCCUGCCCACUACAGACCAGUGCCCAGCGCCCACACCCUCGCCAGGACCCGACAGAAAGGCUGUGGUAGAGGCCACCAACGGAGAAACCAGAGCAGCCCCCCUGAAUGGGGGCAGCGGUGAGCCUCCUGCAACAGCCAAGGCAAUCAAGGUGGAGGUGGAGGAGCCCAAAGCAGAGCCAGGGACUCCGGCCCCUUCUCGGACUCCGUCACCACCCAGCCCUGCUCCGGUCAAAGUGAAGGCGGAACUCUCCAGCCCCACACCGGGCUCCAGCCCUGGGGCGGGGGAGCUGGGCUUAGCAGCUGGGACCCUCUUCCUGCCACAGUUCGUACUGGACACGGGCGCAGCGCCCCCUGCCUCUGAGAUACUGGCCAAGAUGUCCGAGCUGGUACACAGUCGCCUGCAGGGGAGCGUGGGGGGCGCGCCCGCUGGCCACCUUGCGGGAGCCCCCAAGGGCGCCACGUGCUUCGAGUGUGAUAUCACCUUCAACAACGUCAACAACUUCUAUGUGCAUAAGCGCCUGUACUGCUCAGGCCGCCGUGCCCCAGACGAGCCCCCAGCCCGUCGAGCCCGGGCGCCCCCGCUGCCCCCAGUCCCCGAUGCAAACUCGUCACCAGGUCCUGGGGCGCGAGAGGACGAAGCAGGGGGCGCGGCCACACCAGAGGCGGAGGUGGCCGGCAGGGGCAGCGAGGGCAGCCCGAGCCCAGGCAGCGGUGCAGACGAAGCGGACGAUGACCCCCGCCGGACACUGUGCGAAGCCUGCAACAUCCGCUUCAGCCGCCAUGAGACCUACAUGGUGCACAAACGCUACUACUGCGCCUCCCGCCACGACCCCCCACCGCGCCGGCCUGCAUCCACGGGAACUCCCGGGCCCACGGUGCCCUCCGCACCGCCACUGCGCACACGCAGGCGCCGCAAGCUCUACGAGCUGCACGCAGCAGGCUCCGCCCCCCCGGCGGCAGGCUCCGCCCCCCAGACUUCUAGCCCGGGGCCUCAGGGUCCCACCCCCGAGCCCACCAAUUCCCCAAGGCUCCCAGCCGGAACCGAACCGGGCCCCGCCCCCGCCGAGGGUCCAAUAGACCUGAGCAAGAAGCCACGGCGCCAGGCACUGGACGCAGCACCUGCCACCAGCCUGCCUGCCCUGGCGGACUACCACGAAUGCACGGCCUGCAGAGUGAGCUUCCACAGCCUCGACGCCUACCUAGCUCACAAGAAAUACGCGUGCCCCACCACCCCUCGCCUGCGCAGCACGCCUGACGACACCCCCGUCGUGUGCCCCUACUGCCCUCCCAAUGGCCUGGUCCGCUGCGACCUAGUGGAGCACUUCCGCCUGGCACACGGACUUCGGGUGGGCGAGGCCAGGACCCCCUCACCGGCUGCCUCCCGGGACAGUCCCCAUGCUGGCGGCCCGGAGCGCAGGGAGCCCCCGGCCCCGGAUGGCAGUCCCCGGCCAGGCCCACCCGCGUCCCCUGCACACUCAGACAAAGGCGUGCAAACCCCCGUGCCCAAUGGCAACCACAGGUUCUGCCGCCUGUGCAACAUCAAAUUCAGCAGCCUGUCCACCUUCAUUGCGCACAAGAAGUAUUACUGUUCCUCACACGCUGCAGAGCACGUGAAAUGACCCAGCACCCAGACUGGAAGCGGCUGGGCACCCCUUGUCCUGACAGAGGAGAGACCCUGGACAGCUCCCAUACACAGAUACAUGCUCAGACCUCUGAAGAGGGACUGCAGUAGGCAGUACCCUCUAGGACACUUAGCACUUAAGUCCAGUUUGAUGAGCAAGAUGGUGAUGCAUCCUAGUUCCUGGGCAGGGGGCCUCGAAUGGGCAUACACUCCCCCACCCCUCCUAACACACAGUCAGCUGAAUAGAGCCCUAGGAGGAGCCCACAGAAGCUCUAUCUGGGUCACCAGAUAUAAAGGGAAGGGUUGGUUUUAUCCUACCUAGUCUACGGCCCCUGCCUGUUUCUGGGGCCUGAUGUCACCAGUCCACUCAGAAGCCAGGGAGGAGUCUAGAAGUGAGAGCGACCUGGGAAGGAUGAAGCCCUUUGUUGGCUGAGGCUGGUAGGGGAGAGGGGACAGUUGACUUCCAGGGAUGAAUAAGGUAGGAGAGGGAUACCAUGACCCAGACUGGAUCCAUGGGAGCCAAAUCCUGAGCUGUGGGCAGUGUAUUCUCAUGAUGGCAGCACUGGGCUUCAGAGACAGGCACCCCAGUCUGCCCUGCUGGCACUGUGGAGACUACCCAUGCCAUCCAGAGAUUUCUGGCAGUACCAGGUGUAUCCAGCUGUAGUCUCACUGCUUCACAGUGGGUGGCCACAGGAACCUGUUAUCGCAGAUUUCCUGCUAGAAAAUGUGCCCAGUGGUCCUUUCCCAGCUUCACUUGAAGUGGCAGAAUGCCUUUCCAAAACAAGCUUAUCUAGCAGUCCAUAAUGGAUAAGAAUGAACUAUGACUUCUGACUUCUCUGCCUCAGAAUAACCAGGUGUUUCUCCCUGACCCCCAGAUUUCCUCUUCCACUCAGGCCCUGCAGAGGAGUGUAGGAGUGUCAGGUGUUGAACAGGAACAACCCACAGCAUAGCCCAGAGCCCCUGUCCAUCAGACACAUGCCCUUUUGCCUGUCCCAGUUGGUGCUGAGUCCAGAGCCUGGACCAGAUGACUACCUGGCCACUGCAGUCAGGCUCCCACACUUGAGAUCCGGUACAAGGGAUGGAGGGAGGGUCCCUGGCACCCCUCCUUGCAAACCAACUUGACCUCCCCUCUGGGAAGAGGUCAGUAGCCCAUGGUCCCAUCCCUCAUUUGCAUUGUUCUGCAUGAAUUUGCAUGGAGUCCCAGGCUCCAUCUCCAAGCCAGACUGCAAUUGACCUGCACACUGUUCUGAAAACAUGCCUGACCCUGAAGGUUAAUGUAUGUAAAUUUAAAAAUAAAUAUUUUUAAAAGGUC